GGCUGGUUGAGGCGCGCGGGAGGAGCUGCCCGCCUGGCACUGGGGUGCAGCGGGACGGGAGCGUCGCCGGCAGCCCGCGAGCGAGGACCGGGCAGGGAAGAUGCUGAGCCCUCUCCAGAAGUGUGGCUCCGAAGGUUGUCUCCUUGACUGUGACUUUCUGCCGUGGCACCGGAGCGCCCUUCAAAGGCAGCACCAGAGCUGUGAGGAUCCGGAGCCGAGGAGUGACUGUGAAAGGCAGGAGAAGCCUUGCACCCCAAGCAUUCGUUUAGAUGACACCGAGGUGGUCAGCUGCCUUCAGCUCCCGCUCCAAGACCCGGGAGGGGUGUGGCGCUCCCGAAGCGAGGGACGUUUGGAUCAACAGGGGGCACCGUGCCAAGGGGAAACUGAGGAGGGGGACAAAACAGGAAGUGGGUGGAGCUUGCCGUCCCCCAAAUCUUUGAGGAAAGAGCGUCACCUGGGAGAGAAAGUGGCAGCGGCGAAGCAACACUUGAGGAAUUUCUUUGGAGGAUCAAAUAAAUCACUAGCCUCCAGUGUGGAAUCAGACCUAGGGUCAGACUGUGAUGGCAGCCACCAGAACACGCAGCAGAGGCAAAAACACCACCGAAGGAAGAAUAAGAGAAACUUCCUAAGGUUAUGGAGCUCAGGAAAUCAGGACCUCCAAUCACUAAGGCCAACUCCUGAGGAAGCCCAAGAAUGGGCAGAAUCUUUGGAAAAGUUGCUACUACACCCAUAUGGUCGGGCCACCUUUCAUGCUUUCUUGAAAUCCGAAUUCAGUGAAGAGAACCUGGACUUCUGGAUGGCAUGUGAAGAUUAUCGAAAGCUCCGGGGGUGUGACAAACUCCAAGAUAGUGCAAAAAAAAUUUAUGACCAAUAUAUCACCAUCCAAGCUCCAAAAGAGGUGAACCUGGAUUCCCAAACCAGAGAUGUCACCAAUCGGAACAUUUUGCUGCCCACCCGGUCUUGCUUCGACCAGGCCCAGAAGAGGAUCUUUGGGCUGAUGGAGAAAGACUCCUAUCCUAGAUUCCUCCGUUCUCUUGUCUAUCAAGAUGUGGCACAGCCUGAUGGACAGCAGCCGAAUGGCCCCUUGUAAACCUGCCGUAUUGGUCCUUCCUCUUCUUUUGAAGCCAGCCUAGCAAAGAAGAAACCCUGGAAAUUGCUUUGCUGUUUAGGAUGUUGACAAGCCAAGGGAUGUUUGGGAGACAUGGACUGCUAUGGUCCCAUUCUGUUGAGAUGGCGGACCUGUCCCAUUCAUAAACAUUACAGUGGAUAAAAGAGAUGGUGGAAAGAUGGACUCUUGCUCAUUUGGCAUGGACAGGUGGCUUUUCUGGACUUCAGUAAAAUAUUAGAAUUUUAGAAUGACAGGCAGAAUUGUGCAUAUUUUGUUUAUAUCAAAACAUACGGAAACAACUUUAUGUCAGGGCAGAUAAAGCUGGCUGUUGCCUGCACUGCUUCUGGCAUACGGUAGUGUUGUCCAGAUUGGAAAAUGAAAUAGCUGGUGGCCUGGUGUAUUUAUAAGUCUGUUUCAGCUUUGUCUCCUCUGAUGGGCAGAAGUUCUGCAAGGCCUUAAGCAGAGAAGAGCAUUUCCCACCCCCUUUUGUGGGAAAUAUUUGGGAUUGAAGUUGGGACUUUCAUGUCUUCACAAGUGCAAGCUCUGCCUCUGCCCUAAAAUCCCUCCCCAAGUUCAUACUGUGCCCACGUGGAAUUUGGGACAGUGCCUGGCAUUUUGGUUCCCUGAGACUCAACCAUUCUUCAAGAAGGAAUUGUAGGAAUGUUGUAGGGAUUCGGUUCAAGAUCCGUUUUCAAAUUUCCAAGUGAAUAGAAGCCGGAACCAUGACUCUGUAGCUGUCAAGCCCCACAUACUGUAGCUGGGCAAGACCAAAGAAUUAAACAAAAUUCAGUAAUGUCUCUUCAUCGUUUGGGGUAAACGCAGAAUCUGAGAAACUGUAUAAGGGGUUUUCCAGCUUCAUUUAUAAUCUUUUAAUUAUGCCAAAGUCUCCUUGAAUAGUUCGAGAUGCUUUUUCCCAGACUUCUCCCCAACUGCAUUGAGUUGCCGAUCAUGAGGUAAGCUUUCUACCAAUUCACCCAUUGAUCUCUUCCACUGCUUUCCCAGCCUUCCACAAUCUCUCACAGUGGCCUGGGGACUCCCUGGUCAGUCUUUCUGUGCGCACUCAGGCCUCAGAAGCCUCUUGAAGCACUAAAGGGAACAAAAAGGAUGGAGGUCUUCCAGUAUGUGGGCCUAACUAUCUUGCAGAAGAUCUAAGAUUGUUGCUCUCUGCUUUUGAGGUUCCUCAGGUCGGGCUCUCUUCUUCUCUUGCAAGAUGAGCUGCACUUGCUGGUCCACACCAAUUCACGCCUCAUUUCUCCUGUCCGAUAAAGAUGGAUAGUGUUCUGCUACCACAGCUAAGCAGAAGAAACACUUUCCUUGCUAAUCUGUGCAUGAGGAAUGACUGCAGCAACAGCUGUAACAGCAGUAGUGUUUCCACUCUGAAAGCCCUGCCUUCGAGUAGCAUCCAAUUUGUAAGAACUGCUGAGGAUUCAAUCUAGUUCUUUAGCUGGAUUCAGUUCUCACCCUGACGCAUACACUCAGACACAGUAAUUGGCAAGCAGGCUAAAGCCUUUGGGGUUGGCCAAACUUCGUAGAACGGCUGGAAGCUGGAAGCUGAGCCAACUGGAGCAGGAUCAGCAAGGAUUGUAAUGAUGGACCUCUUCCUUUGGUAGAGAAUUGGACUAAAUGGCCUUUAAAAAUACCUUCCAACUCAGUGGUAACAUUCGCUUUGGCUUCAAGACCAAGAUGCCAGUUUACUCAAGUGAGCUCAGAGAUGGCUGGUAGAAAAUGCCAUGGAGGGCUUAGAAGGGCAUGCCAAUCAGGAAGCCUGGUGAACCUGCCAUCUCUUAAAUAAUCACUGGACAGCACAGGAAAUACUGGCGCUCUCCAGAUACAACUGAAUCCAGUGCCACCUUGUGAUUCAGUUAAAUAAAGGCCAGCCCAGUCUGAGUUUGAGCAUGGCCCUGCACAGUCCACGUCCAGCUUUGCAGCGAACUCAGGUACAAAGUAAACUCUGCUAAGGUUUAGUUUUGCAAAAGUGGUAGGCUUUUAAAAAUGUCACUUGCCGCUGUGCUUAUUAAAAUACUUACUUUA